GCGAAUGGACGGUGCCACAGCAAAUGCUAAACACUCGCAAAGCAAAAGUUACUAUUUAGUGUUAAGUGUUAUAUGUGCAGUGAAACACAAAAAGGAUUUUCGUUAAUGUAGCCGGGGCAGAUUAGUUACAGAAAAGAUGGCGGGCGUGCAGCUACGACUGCUGCUGUGGAAGGACUAUCUCAUGAGGAAGAGGAAUCCGAUUACAGUGGCUGGCAUACUGUGGGCUAUAGGAGUCAUCUCAAGUAUUUGUAUCGUACGAUUUAACAUUGAUGAUCAGGACUUUCCCACAUGUCAGUUCGCGGCGCGGGCGCUGCCAAGCGCUGGUCUAUUAACGUUUUUACAAUCAUUUAUAUGCAACGUGAACAAUGAAUGCUCCUCCAUGGAUGAAUUUCAGGAAAUACCAACAUUUGAACAAUCCAAGUUAACCCAAUUAAAACGUCAGCUAAUGCCGCUGGUGAGCAACGAGAGCAUUGUGGGAGUGGCGGGUUCAAUUCCCGACGCGAUCAAACUGAUCGCCACGCUGGCUGACGUGGCAGACGAACCGACGUUCUUGGAUAUCACGAGGAGUGGUAUCCGCGUAGCAGCGUUGUUCAGGAACCCUACACGCGUCAAACGUUACCUAGAGGAGAAAUUGAAUAUUCAAGGAGAUGUUGCUACAAGUGUUAUUUUUGCACAGAUCGGAAUCGGUUCUAUAAUGAACGGAGCCUUUGAUAGGUGUAACGCGGAUUCCAUGAAGAAAGUUAUAAAAAUUGAGAAUGCAGAACAUCUCGCUACGUUUGUGCACGAGCUCUGUUCGAUAACGAAAGACGAUUUACAGAAGAUUCUUAUGGAUCUGGUGUGGGAGAUGGAUUUAGGAAAAUAUAUUACUAUGGCUGGCAACAUGUACGCGAAGUUAUCCGGCGACAAGAGAUUAGCCAAAGUCGGAAAUAUGACUGGUGUAGCUCUGCGAAUGCUCUCCAUCCACAGCUUCCUGCCACCGGAAGUCGACGGCAUCAUCUACGGCACUGACGAUGACUUUUCUUACGUACCUGUGUCUUUAAUUACGAAAUUUAUCAAUCUCUUUGAACCCGUUUUCGGAGAUACAGAUUCGUAUAAAUCGCUCAAAGACUUCGCAGACGCGUCUAUAACGAGCGUUCAAUUCUUGAAUAAAGCUUUAAAAAAGGGAGGCAACGCAUCGGACGUUCUAAAUAAUGAAAUCACUGAUGAACAUCCAAUUGACGUCUUUAAUAUAUUGGAUCGAAUAACAAAUUUAAUAUUGAAAUUCGUCUCAAAAGAACAAAAACACGAGGCGUUAUUUUAUUCCACGCUGUUAUCCAAAUUAAUCGAAGUGGCGAACAAAAUGGUGGACAUCAACACUAAUAUAGAAAAGUUGGUCUACGAGGUCUCCUCGCGAAACCCAAAAGGGAUAAGGGUGCUCCUGGGCCUGCCUCUGGACAUCGUGGAGAAGGGGCUCGAAGGCUUGGCCGACCCGGAACGAGCGCAGAUUAUCACAUCCAACCUCGAAAAUCCAGCACAACCGUUCUGCGACGUGCAACGGAUAAUGAAAUUCUUCCUUUUGAGUAAAGAGGCGGCGACGGACUUACGAACACGCCUCUGUACCGAAGAGUGGAAAAUGUACGUGCAGGAUAUGGUUGCUUCCUUCGGGACUUACGAAGCAAAGAAUGAUAUUAACGCAAUUGCCUCACUGUUCGUGAUGGAAGCUCUGGGAAGUGACGUAUCAGACAAACUGUAUUCCAUAGACAGAGACUUCGCCGUUGUCGAGAACUUCACGGAGCGUAUCGCAAACUUGGGCAAAGUGAAAAAACCCGAAUUGAACUGGGAUAAAAUAUUUAAUCAAAACGAUGCGGACUUUUUGAAAGUCGUUAAAGAAAAGGAAGGUCUCGGUAAACAUAUUCUUUUGACAGUCCACGGAUGUCUGGCGAAAGAGGUGGUCAAACAGAACGCGCUAUUGGAAUUCAAGUUGAGCCCUCUGCUCAAGGACACGACUUCCAUAAUAGCAGCAAUUAACGAACAGCUGAAAUGCUCUUCGAAGGAAACGGCCCAAAGGCUCAAAGAGAUUUAUCCGGAUUUGCUCAAAGUUCUUGCGAUCACAGCACUCGAUGAAAACAAGACGUUUAGGUCCUUAUCGACAGCGAGUGAAGACAUAUUUUGCCGAGGGCUCGAGGACGCCAAUCGAUUCCUCAGCUUCCCGCCCAGCUUAGAUGCUCAUCGGUUUAUAAACACAAUUUGUGAUGUCUCGAAGGAGAUAGAGAAUGGAUUACGUCACGACUCAGUUCUAUCCCUGGGUAUAGCCGAGGUGAAAAACGCCAACCACAGUGUAUUGGAAGAAGUUAACUGGACGAGACUGAUUAAAAGCAUUAAGCAAUUGUACAUGACCCUCGAGGAGGACUACCCCUACGUUCUCGAGUUCCGUAGCUACGGCAUGGACAAACACACGCAGAAACAAAUCGGACAACUCUUUGCGCAGGCUAAAGGUUACUGGUUGAGUCUACAGAACUUGAAACGAAGCGUUCUUCUUGUGUUAAAUAUGGGUCUCCGCGUCCUUGACCUCUUGGACCACCAAGCGUUUGGUCUGAAUCUGGAUACGUGGCUUCACAUUAAGUACUACAUGGCCGUGGUGACGGGACCUUUGGACGUUAUUCACGAUUUCUUACAAUAUAUUUCCAAUAUCUCCCAAAAAGUACGAGCGCCAACCGAUAUACCGCCGGAGUCUGCCUCCGUCAUUCACAAAGUGCUGUCCAGUCUACCGCAACUGAUAGUGGAAUCUGUAGAUGUCAUCGUAAGAGACGACGUGCAGGUCGAUAAAAUAGUGAACAUCCUGAAUUCUGACACGCCGUGGCCGUGUGGCCGCAGCCUAACAGAGCUCGUAAGUUUUCCAUCCACUGAACACGUUGUGACAUCUUUGGAAGACCUCGUCUGCUUCAAUAGAACCUUUCAAGAGGAAUGGAAAAAAUAUUUGGAUGAGAAAAAUGUUACGUUGUAUAAAAGGAGUCAAUGGAACGGAACAGUCUUAGCUCCACACGUAUUUCUCAAAUUUUCAAGAGUCUUCGAUAGAACAAUUGAAGACUUUAACUCUAUUAACGAAUUGAUUCACAAUAUUCUGGUGGAAUCAGACGACAGCGGAUUGAAUUUGAAGUCGAGUUGGAAGUAUUUAAUGGACACUUUUAAUACUUCGGAAGGUGAUGCCGUUGUACAAAAUUUCUUAACAAAAGUGGAUUUGGUAAUGAAUUCCAUCACAACAUCGACACCGAACGACGUGACCCUAAACACAUUAUGGACUAAUUAUAUGAACUGUUCAUCGGAAGUGUAUAUGGAUGAUGCGUGUGCGCAAGCAGGCAGAGGCGCGUGGACUAACUUGUUUAAAUUCAUUUCUAUGGCUGUUGGAAACGCUACUGAUGAUUUGGAGACUUAUUUGAGUGAAGCUAACGGGGCAAAUUCAACUAUACUGCAAGUGUUCGGUUUCACCAGUAAGACAGCGUUGUACACUAUGUAUGCCAAGGCAUCGGAACUGAUUGGCGUGCUCAUCAACUCAUAUUGGGAUUUCGGAUUUAUGCAACAGGUUCGUCGUGCGUCCCUAACCCAAUUUUGGGAUUGUGAAGCGAUGCUUUCGUCGUUGACACCAGGUCCAGGGAGCUCCAUCACGGUAGAGAUGCUGCAAAGCUUCCAUCCUCUCGUCUGCCCAUCCAUGCUCUAUUGGCUCUCGAUGCCUGUCGGAGCUAACACGCUUUUCGAUGUUAUAACUAAACCGCAAUAUCUGUUUUUCACCCUCCACGUCGAGAGCUUCGGUAGUGUAUUUAAUGAGGCAUAUGUGAAAACUACAGAACUUUCCAAUACUCUAAAAGAACUUUCAAAAAACGAAACCUAUAUUGAUGUAUCACUCGUCAAUCUUAAAGCGAAACUAGAAACAACUGUAGACAAGUUUAUUUCGUACAAAAUUAACGAAGACGAUCGGUCUUACUUAGCGUUCAGAGAAAUUGUGAUCAAACAAGUGGCGUCGUCUUUAUAUUUAACGAGAACGGUGGAAAUAGUAAACAAAAUGUAUAAUUUAUUGAGUCAUAUUAACAUAGAUGCGGUAGUAACAAAUGUAUCAGAUGCUGACAAAAAGUCUAUAGAAACCGAUAUUUCUUCGCUGACGAGGCUAUUUAGAAGAAGGGCUUCGGACGUCGUCGGUAUACAUUUUGACAUAAUAACGGACGUGAUAUGGACAAAUAGAAACGAUUAUAAAAUCACAAAUUCGCUCCAAGUGAUGUGUGAUAAUUUAAAAAAUAAUAUCACAAAAGAAAUACUCGGCGACAAUGCCAGGAUUAAGGGUAUAAUAUGUUCGAAGCAUUAUAAAAUUAUUUACAACGCAGUACAACAUGUCAUCGAUGAUGAUUUCGAGGAAACCAGAAACGGUCUACUGACCAUGGCUAGAGUGCUGCAAAAUGUUAGCAACGACGAUGUGAAUAAUAUCGUUUCUUUUCUCAAUGACAAACAACAAAUAAUACUUGCUCUAAAAAAGUCAAUAAAAUAUGCAUCGGACCUGGAUAUCCCGAUAUAUUUGAAAUACCUGGAAAGUAAUAUAGAGCACUAUACCGUGGUGCUGAAGUUUUUGUCGGGAGACGACUGGUGGAAGGCGUUGAAGAACUUGUACACUGGAAAUCAGUCGAAAGCAUUUCUAGAUUCAGUCGAACGAAGCUUCGAUAUUGCCAGUGACGUUCUUAAUAAUUUGGAUAAAAUACACCUAGUAAAACUCUUCCGCGAUACCAACGUCAACGAUACUGAAUCAUUCUGCCGACCCAACAUGACGCUGUCCGACUACCUUCCAGAUGGAACCGGACUCCUGUCCGCCGUUCACGGGCAGCUGUGUGGAGGCAAAUCCGAAUUGUUCAAGGAUAUACCGCCGUUAUUGUUUGUUUCGCAGGGAUAUGACGAUGCACUUAAACUGCAACCCACCGUCGACUCCCGACAACUGACCGACCAUAUUUCUUCAGCCGAAGCAAAUCUUUUGAGCGUGGUUAAAGAAGUACGAACACCAAUAGUGCCAGAGUGGGUCACGGAUGGAAACAUAGCGAAGUUCAGAAGCUCAUUGCUCAAUUUGUUGUCCAAAGAAACAAUCACGAAAUUAGCGUUUGGCACUAUGAGCAACAUUGUCGACGGAAGCACGUUGUAUCUGAACGAGACGUACUGUGGGGCGUGUUCCCACGUGACCGGUUGGGUGAAACAGAUCACGCUGCAGCUUUUCAAGAAACAGGAAUACGAGGAGUUCCUUUGUAACGUCCGCGGGAUGUCAACGAAAGAACUCCAUCAUGUUAUCGAGAACACUUUCCAUUGGGACAUGGCUAUCGGAGAACUAAUAUCGAUUCGGAACUACACCAAGUAUGAGCUGAACAAAUCGUUGAAUGAAUUUCUUGAGCAAGUGAAAGUGAUCUACUUGGAGGAGAUGAAUGCCAACUCGAGGUUAUCGGAGUGUCUGCUCGACGACGUCGGAAGGAACAUCUUUGGCAACGUCACCUUGGUGUCAAGGAUUAUUACGAAUUUCAUACAAGUGAUAAAGGCAGAGUUACCCCACUUGCAAGAAGUUGAAGGUUUUUCAUCACUACCAUAUAUAGUCCAGCUUAAGGCUCAGAUUUCGCCUCACAUAAGUGUCCCUCUCACUUUACAAGAAAUAGAAAAGGACGGAGUCAAUUUGUGGGACGCUUUGGAUGAGGAUUUAGGUGUCACUUUUGAUAAAAACCAUCUACAGUUUAUAUACCAUCUCGACUUGCAUAAGGUGAAGGGAUUUCCCCUUCCGACGUCAUCUUUUAAAAUACAUAAAAAUAUUUGUAAAGAAUAUAACUGUACGGAAGUUAUAGCGGCCCUUAACAAUCAUUUGAAUUAUACUAAAAUUGAGAAAAUGUUACCACAAUUACCUGAAUUACAACAUAAGGAGUUUUGGAAAUUCCAAUUUGUGACGGACAUUCUGGAUUCUGUCCAAACAGUUCUAGAAGAUUCGUAUUUAAUUCUGAGGUUUCUCAGCAAAGUGGAUAUAGAAGGCGUGGCAGCCGGAAAACUGACUCCGAUGAUAAACUUGGCGAUGCAAAUGCAGAUUUCUGAUACUUUGCAUAAUUUAAUUUAUACUGUCGAAAGCAUAGCAGAAGAAUGCUCACCGCUUCUGCACAACACGACCCUCCGACGAGACAUGUCUGCUUUGAUGGACGGCUUAAGAGUGUUAUUCAGUUAUAAGGAAUACAUCGUCGACCAAGACGUCAACGUUACGAUAUCGGAAGUUUUUCAAAAUCCUGAUCGUAUUGCGGCAUCGUUGAAGGACAUCGGAGUGAAUAAAACGGAGUUCUCAAACUUUCUUGGGGUUCUACACGACAGCAAAAUACGUUUAAGACCGCUCCUGAUGCAAGAAAACUAUCUCUACGACACUAAGAAGUUUGUGUGCGAUCGAACCGAGCUCUCUCAGAUAUUUGUACCGGACACAAACGUCACGGACGACUUUUUCUCGGCCAUGAGAAAUCAGUUCUGCGAAAUGCCGGACGAACAGGCAAAAAAAAUUGUACCCAUUUUGAUCGAAAAUAUAAACACUACCUUCUUUUUGGAUCGGAUAAAAUCGUUCCUCAUUAACAAAUUAUAUGCGGCCCUGAACGUAACGGCCGACGAGGGCGACACACUGUUCACCAAGCUAUCAGAAAUGGCAACCCUACUUCCCUCGAUUCGGCAGAACGUCGCCGAUGUGGCCGAUUCCCUUACCGAUGAGCCAUUAAUACGACGCCUCAAGGACGGAUUUUCCAUUGGAGCCUUCAUGUCGUCCCCAGAAACCAUGGCAGAGGUGGGCAACAUGAUGUGCGGGAAGCCGUUCCGGUCGGGAGUUAGCCGAUUCUACAAAAGCAUCGUGAACAGCGUCGACCUCUCUUCGGAGCCGGACGAGGAACAGCUGCGAGUGUUGCCAACGGACUUCUGUCGAUCAGUAUACACGGAUAUCGUUAACAUGGAGGGCGGCAAAAUCGUCUGGAGCUUCAUCAAACCCCUGAUCAUGGGAAAGAUCCUGUACACGCCUCACGGCCCCACCGUCCUGAAGAUCAUUGAAAAGGCAAACUCGACAUUUGCCCCGAUGGUGAAAAUGUUCAACUUAAUCCACACGUUUUCGGAUGCGUUUCCCUCUAUAGACAAAAUGUCAACACACAGGGCGGGGCUGCAGGCCUUGGGAGACUUAUUAUCGGCCGAAGAUUAUCGCCAAAUAAGAGUAACUCUAUUCGGAAACGUGUCCGCGCCGCAAAUUGAUGUCGACGAACUGCUUUCUGGAAUUGGGGAUUCCGAGGGUCUAGGGCGACUACUGAAGAAGGCAUCGGACCUGAUGCGUUGCAUCAAUCUGGACCGCUUCAAAGCUGUCUCGGAUGAACACAGAUUGACGGAAGAGGCCGCCAGGUUAACCAGAAUUAAUGAAUUUACCGCCGGUUUGGUCUUCCUCAAUAUGAGUCACAAUGAUGGCACCUUUCCCAGGAACAUCGAAUAUAAGAUACGUAUGGACAUCGAGAACGCGCCGACCACUAAACGCACUAAGAACUAUCUUUGGACUCCGGGUCCGGAAGCUAGUUUUCUGGAGAACAUGCGCUACUUUCGUGGCUUUGUUCAAGUCCAGGACAUCGUUGAGAAGGCCAUCGUCCAGCUUUCCGCCAGAAGGCCCAAGAGAGAAGUCUUCGUCGAUGAAGACUGGGCUAUAUACACGCAGCAGAACCCUCACCCGUGCUACAGGAAAGAUAUCUUCCAAACAUCUCUUUACGAGUCUCAAGCUCUGAUAGUGGCUUUCUUCUUCUCUUUCCUGUUCACCGUAUCGUCAGCCGUCAGAUUUAUUUUGGCCGAUAAGGAGUCUGGAAAUACCAUGCUGAUGUCUGUGAUGGGCGUGAACCUGAGCUACCACACCCUGUCGUGGUUCCUGAGCUCUUUGCUCGAGAUGUCGGUGACGAUGCUGUUGGUAUCCUGCGUCUUGUACUACGGAAAGAUUCUGCCCAACACGACGCCAACGCUCACGUUCGCUCUUCUCUUCAUAUUUGGACUUUCCGUGCUGAGCUUUUGUUACCUAAUGGGGAAACUAUUCACGUCGGCAAGCGUCGGAGCCAUUUGUGCCGCGUUGGGAUAUCUCACGACCUUCAUGCCUUUCGUGCUCAUCCUCUCACUCGAAGCCGUCCUCACCAGUGGCCUCAAGAUUUUUGUGAGCCUCUCGAUGUCGUCGUCGCUGUGCUACGCGUUUCUCUUCAUCUGCCGCUUCGAGGCCAUGGGCGUGGGCGCUGACUGGUCCAAGUUGUGGGAAUCUCCGGACGACACCGGCGACAUGAAUAUAGCCCUGGCCGCCGCCAUGAUGGUAGUCGACGCCUGUCUCUACUUCCUUUUGGGGCAUAUCGUCGAAAGAAUCUGGGGUCUGAAAAAUGUAAAAAGCAACGUGACGUAUAUAUCUUCGACUGCCGAGAAAGCGGGUGUCAGUAUAAUAAACAUCACGAAAAUUUACUCCCGGGGAGCUAAACCCGCGCUCUCCGGGGUCAGUGCAGAGUUACGGCCGGGACAAGUCACCACUCUACUGGGACACAACGGUGCCGGAAAAAGCACUCUCAUCAAUAUCUUAACGGGAAUGCUGAAGCCCACAUCCGGCCAAGUGGUAAUCCGGUCCGGGUCAAGCGGGUCAACACGGGUGGGCGUGUGUCCGCAACGGGACGUACUCUACGAACACAUGACCGCACGAGAGCACGUACACUUGUACGCAACGCUUAAUAAUGACCCUAGCUCUGAGGUGGACACGAUUCUGAAGGUAGUAUCUCUGGGGCGCGUGUGUGACGAGCCGGUCAGCAGACUGUCUGGCGGUACCAGGCGUCGUCUGUGCGUAGCGCUCGCCUUCGUGGGACGACCUAACCUGGUCACACUGGACGAACCCACCUCGGGAGUGGACCCUCAGGCUCGAAGAGAGAUAUGGUCCAUGAUAAUGAAGUUACGUCUGAACAGAACCAUUCUUCUCACAACACAUCACCUCGACGAGGCGGAACUCCUCAGCGACCAGGUCGUCAUUAUGCACAAGGGUCAAAUCCACACCACCGGUUCUCCAAUAGAAAUUAAGCGAACCCUCGGCUCCGGGUACAAGUUGACCGUCCUGUAUCCCGGUGGAACCCAGGAUAUCGAGGAAAAGACUCGACUAGUUCUGGAGAUGACGAGAAAUGUGGUGAACAAUGCCAGUUUGGUCGACGUAACUGGAGACGAAGUGGAGAUCAACGUACCUUUCUACGACGAAGAUGGGGUCAACACCGAUUUCGAGGUCUUGUGUUCGACUCUAGAAGACAGCUGCGGCAGUCUCGGGUACCGAAGUUACGGCAUGGAGUGUACCAGCCUGGAACAGGUCUUUUUCAACAUCUGCAAUCGGGAUGACGUUCCUCGUAAUGAUUCGGGUAAUGAAAUCUCUUCAGUAAGAGACGCCGUAGUGAACGCGCAAAACACCAUAUUUAUGUACAUUGCAGCCGUAGACGCGGCAUCUAAAAGUGCUUCCUCUUCGAGUAUAAAGACGGAUCGUGCUCCUCUGGUGCCCUCGGAGGGGCCACUCAAGGCUUCCGCCGCCCGACAGUUCCUGGCUCUGCUGCACAAGAGAUACACACAUUAUAUUAGGAACAGGUGGUUACUAUUCCUCCUGCUCGUGCUGCCGUCUCUGUUCGUGACUGUGGCAAUGGGUUUCGCGAGCAUCAGGCCUCCGGCGGACAACGAGAUCUCACUCAGGCUGCACCCAGAUCUGUACCGACCUACCACUGACUAUUUGGUCCGGCCAUCGAAUCCCGUUCCCGAAAAUAUACUUGGAAAGAGAGUCAUGGAUACGUUACGACACGAACAAAACUCACGAAAUUGGACUAAAGAGGACUCCUUGACGUGUGAAUGUUCGGACGCGAUUCAACAAUGUGAAAUUCCGAGAAAAUUAGAUCGGCCCAAUUUGAUGGUACUCCCCGACGUCAAUACUCUCAACGACUGGCUCGUCACGUCGCAACAGGCUUAUAUCGAGAAACGAUACGGGGGCUACUCGUCGUCAGUGAUCGACAGCGUGACCCAUCUGACUUCGUGGUACAACAACAAAGGGCACCACGCCCUUCCCGUGUACCUCAACCGCCUCAAUGAGGCCCUCUUGAAGGCUUCCACGAGAGAAGACGCCACUCUGACGCUCUAUACGCACCCUCUGAAGAUAUCCAACGAACAGCUCAACAAGGAUAACGUGUACCAGCAUGUUGCCGACGCGGGCAUAUCGGCAAUGCUGCUCAUAGGAUACAGCCUGGUCAGCGCCGGCGCUGCCAUCUACCUCGUCACGGAACGAACUCAGAAGCAGAAGCGUCUGCAACUGCUGUGUGGCGUCUCGCCGACGGUCUACUGGUCUUCGGCAUUGAUCUGCGAUAUGAUUGUUAUUCUCGUGAACUUGGCAAUCACUGUGGUCAUCCUGAAGAUAUUCAACUUCCCCGUGUUUGUGGCGAGAAAUAACCUGUCUGCUAUUUGUGUCCUGAUUGUUUUGUACGGGUACGCGUGCGCAGGCGUAGUGUAUAUGUCAGAGAAGUGGUUCAAAGAGCCGAGUUUGGCCAACAUGGUGCUGUUUUGUGGCAACACUUUCGUCGCGCUCGGCGGUAUCGCUAUACUACUGGUGCUGGAUAUUAUUUCCGAUUCCGAUGCCACGGACCACGCCCGCUGGGUUUUACACAAAGUGUUUUUGUUGAGUCCACAAUUUGUGUUGGCCGACGGGCUCUUGGAGAUCGCUAAGAAUACAAUACAGGCUCAGGUAUUGGGCGCCUUCGGAAUGGACACGUACCGCGAUCCUCUGUCGUCUUCCCUGGUGCUGUACCACUACGUCUCCCUGCUGGCGGUGGGAACUGCCCUCUUCGGGCUCAACCUCGCCUUCGAGUACGGUUGCUUCGACGAUCUGCUUUCCAGAUUUGCUCCCCGAUAUACCAGACGAAGAGACGAGUCCUCGGAAGAAGACGUGGUACGGGAAGAGCGUCGAGUGACGGCCGCAGUUUCGCCAUUGCGUCUGCGCACCAUUGGAAACAUUAAUGCCGGAUUCGUGGACUCCAACGAAGACCUAAAGAGCAAUUCGCUGAAACGCUCCACGCUAAGCGCUGUCCAGGCGACCGACGUCAUAUCCUGCGUGCACGUCAGCAAAAUGUAUCCGGCCGUGAGCGGCUUCCGGGUGGCCGUGGACGAUCUGACUUUGGGGAUACCGUCCUUCGAGUGCACCGCCUUGGUGGGUCAGAACGGCGCUGGCAAGUCGAGUACCUUCGCGAUGUUGACUGCCGAAAAGCGUCCGACCUCCGGCCACGUGUACCUCCACCAGCACGAGGCGAGCCAAAGAGAUCUCUGCCAGGGACUUAUCAGUUACUGUCCCCAACGAGACGCCCUGGACUCUCUGCUCACGGUGAAAGAGACGUUGCAGUUCUUCUGCAAGCUGAGAGGCCUCACCGAUGACGAGGUGAUAAAGCGCACGUUGGAGCAGUUCGAGUUGACCAAAUACAGUUCGAGCCGCAGCGGCGUGUUGAGCGGCGGCAACAAGCGGAAGUUAUGUACCGCCGUCGCCUUCAUGGGGCGGAAUCCCCUCGUCUUGCUGGAUGAACCCACCAGCGGAAUGGAUCCUGGGUCUCGGGCCUGCGUGUCCCGGGCGUGGCUGAGCGCGUGCAAAGCGGGACGCGGCGUGCUCCUGUCCACGCACGCGCUGCACGAUGCGCGACGAGCGCAUCGAGUGGCCUUACUCGGGGAGGGACGCUUGACUGCGAUCGCGCCGCUCGACCGGGGCUUGGCCAGGUUUGGCGCCGGCUACGUAGUGUGCGCACGAGUGUGUGAAGCGAAUCCUGCCGGCGUACGGGCGGUCUGGGCGCGCGUCGCGGAGCGCGCUCCUCACGCCACGCUCACCGCCGCACACGCCGCCGCCGUACACUUCAUUGUGCCCACGCUCGUCACGGAGUCGGACAAGGAAACGGUGACGCCGGUGAGUUCAAUAUUCCGAGUGAUGUGUGAGCUGCAGAGGGACGGACUCGUGGAGGACUUCACUCUCAACCAGACGUCGCUGGAACAGAUGUUCCUUAGAGGAUCGGCCAAUAUCGACGCAUUUACUCUAGAACCGGAAGACGCUGCUCCCCCCCACCUCCACUACAGAAGGAACAGCGACGAUUUCAGCACGGUCACGUCUCUUUGACCAUUAGAUAUGGAUUCAAUAUUUUUGAAUAUUAUCAACUGCUCACUCAAAAACUAAUGUCGUUCGUCGUGAGUGCCGUCUUUAGCUUCAACCACAGGUUUGGAAAUUAAUGAAGACUGCAUCAGGUGUAUGGACUAUCUUAAAACUAAGGAAGGGCACUAAGUUCCAACUCCUUCAAUAAAAAGAUAUAUAUAUUUUUAUG